GCGGCCCCGGGGACCCCCGCACCGCUCCGGAGGGUCGCCUUCCACCGAGACCAGCGCGCGAACAUGAGGUUCAACCCCGUCAUCCAAGCGGCCAUCGACCUCACGUCGGGGGCCCUCGGGGGCACCGCGUGUGUCCUGACCGGGCAGCCCUUCGACACCGUGAAAGUGAAGAUGCAGACGUUCCCCGGCCUGUACCAGGGAUUCGCCGACUGCUGCCGCCAGACGUACGCGCAGGUGGGCCUGCGCGGCUUCUACAAGGGCACCGGCCCCGCGCUCAUGGCCUACGUCGCCGAGAACUCCGUCCUCUUCAUGUGCUACGGCUUCUGCCAACAGUUUGUGAAGAAAAUGGUGGGCUUGGACAAGCAGGCCAAGCUGAGUGACCUGCAGACCGCGACCGCCGGCUCCAUGGCGUCCGCGUUCGCGGCGCUGGCCCUGUGCCCCACUGAGCUGGUCAAGUGCCGUCUGCAGGCCAUGCACGAAAUGGAGAAGUCAGGAAAGAUCAUCCAGAGCCACAACACAGUUUGGUCCGUGGUGAAGGGCAUCCUUAUGAAGGAUGGCCCCUGGGGCUUCUAUCACGGCUUCUCCAGCACGCUCCUGCAAGAAGUACCGGGCUAUUUCUUCUUCUUUGGCGGCUAUGAAGUGACCCGAACGGUCUUGGCCUCGGGGAGAUCAAAAGAUGAACUGGGGCCCGCCCAUUUGAUGUUAAGCGGUGGAAUUGCUGGGGUUUGCCUCUGGCUUGUCAUAUUCCCCGUGGAUUGUAUCAAAUCCAGAAUUCAGGUUCUUUCCAUGCAUGGAAAACAGGCGGGGUUUGUUGGAACUCUUGUAAGCAUUGUGGAAAGUGAGGGGAUAGCAGCCUUAUAUUCUGGACUGACAGCUACUAUGAUUCGAGCGCUACCUGCCAAUGGGUCACUGUUUUUGGUUUAUGAAUACAGCAGGAGGAGGCUGAUGAGCCAGGUGGAAGCAUACUGAAGUGUCUUGGUGAACCUGGAUCCACAUGUACACACCUUUGAGGACUGUAGUUUAUCUCAGGUUUUCAUGAAGUACUGGACUAAAGUAAGAUUAUUUUUUUUACCUCAUGGGAGUUUUGUGUUUAUCUUCUU